AUAAAGGAUACUGCCCCUGUGACAGCUUUGUACCUUAAUUUCUGAGAGUGCACUGUAAAUAAAAUGCAGCAUGAAGUUAAAACAACUUGGUUUAGCAAGUCAAUUUAAUCUAUUUUAUUAGAAUGUAGGAUCACAUUAAAUACCUGGGUUGCAGAUUUUGUGGUAAAAUAGUCUCGCAAAUGUGGUGCAACCAUUUAGUGAAGUCUCGCCUCACUGCAUCCCUCAACAUUAAAGAGGAAGUUCUGUUUUAUUCCCGGGAUAAUCCCUGCCCGUCUGGGUCUCUCCUGGGAACGUCUAAGAGUUGUCAAAGGAGUUAUUCACCUCUUCACGAGGUUCAUGUAGGAAUCCACAUUGAUGUCCGUCCCCGCCGGCCAUUCUUGCCAGCUGCUGGGGCAUGAAUAGUAGACGGGAUUAGAGCCAACAGCACAGACCGAAAAGAGAAGAGCCAGACGGGCCACUUGUCUACAGUGUCUCUCUGCCAGACUUUCAUCAAAGAUAUACCUGACAUAUGAAGAGAGAUCAGAGCUUGAAAAUGAAUGGAGAUGGAUCAUAUAUUAACCCUUCCUACUCUUAUCAUGUAUUUUUCACAGUAAUGCUAUUUUUGGUGUCCUAGUCAGACAAGUGAACAUGAGGAGUGAGGCGAACACACAAUUGGAUGAAGAGGCAUUUUUUUUACAUGCUCAAUCUGAACAAGAUGAAACGUCUUAAAAUUAGACCUCUAGUCUAGGGCAUGCUACUAGACCAUUGUUAUGUCUGCAAGAGCCCGUUGGAUUAGCAUAUCCUCAUGAAAAUGAAAGCGGCACCUAACUGGAUUAAAGAAACUUGAAUAAGGAGUUGCCUGCUGUGUAACCAACGGUGAUUCGAGAGAGAUUUCCCAUUGUCUGCUCUAUGCUUGUGCUUUCCUUCCAGCUAAUCCUCGGCUAUUCUCACCGACAACCUUGAGCUCACUGUUAAUCUGGCCGUGAGGAGAGAAAGUGUUUGUCUGUGUUAUGGAGAGUUUUUGGAAGUACAGUGUCUGUCUGAUGGGUGCAGUUGAACUCCAGGUAUGAAUGAGCCUCAUGUGCAGCAGUCAGCUGGGCUCGAUGGGAAUCUGGCUCCUGUGGUUUUGGUGAAACCUGAGACCUUCACAGAUCCUGCACAGGAAGUCCUUCACAGUAAUUCUUGUGUCUGCUCUGUGAUUCCUGCACACGGCGACAACAGGUCAGUCGAAACUAGUCUGCCUGUAGAUGAGCCGUUUUGUCGUAUCUGUCAUGAGGGCAGCGGUGGGGGCGAUCUGUUAUCUCCCUGCGAUUGUGCCGGGUCUCUGGCGAUGGUUCAUCGUGUUUGUCUGGAGCACUGGCUCAUGGCCUCCGGCACCAACCACUGUGAGCUGUGCCGCUAUCAGUUCGCUCUGGAGAAACGUCCUAAACCAUUCAUUGAGUGGCUCACGGCACCUUCGUUGCAGCACCAGAGGAGAACCCUGUGCGGAGAUGCGAUCUGUUUCCUGUUUAUCACGCCCUUAGCCAGUUUAUCUGGCUGGCUUUGUGCGCAGGGAGCCGUGGAUCUGUACUACAGCAACAGCAUUGAAGCUAUUGGACUUAUUGUUCUCACACUGACCUUGUUCACUAUUUACCUCUUCUGGACUCUUGUGACUUUACGUUACCAUGUUCAUCUUUUCAGGACAUGGAAUACAACAAAUCCCAGCGUCCGACUCCAGAUUCCCCACCCCAGAAAGACCCCCCAGAAAAAAACAUAUGUAACAGUGCACUCAUCGUGCAAAAACAAGAAAGAGACAGUGGUGUAGCUUCAAAAGACAAUGGCUUAAUUGUCAUUAUAUCAGACACACACUCUUUGGAGCAACACCCAAUAUAGUGAGUUGGAAUGACACAGAAUUGGAUCUAAAUCCUGAUUGGGAGCAAUAUUGGGAUUUAAUUGGACACCUUUCUUAUUUCUUUAAUGUUCUGAUCUGGAGAAAUACCUUGAUUUAGAGCGACACGUAAUUCAAGUCCAACAUCAAAUGUAUUUAAGAAUGAUGAUUAAAUGAUGAUGCAACAUUGUUUUAAAGGGGUCAUAUUAUGAUUUUUAAGAUGAACAAUAAAUCUUUGGUGUCCCCAGAAUACAUAUGUGAUGUUUUAGCUCAAAAUACCUCAUAGAUCAUUUAUUAUAACAUAUUAAAAUUGACACUUUGUAGUCCUGGGUGUGUCCUUUUAAAUGCAAAUGAGCUGAUGAAAUGCAAUGGUGGUUUGAAACUCAAUUGUGCUGUCAAUUAUUUCUCUCUUUUUCUUUAUACUAAAUGGCAGUGCCGUGGUUGGAUAAUGUAAAUUAAGGGGUGGUAUUAUUAUGAUUAGAUUGCUCACAUAGGGAGUGAAAUCUGAAUGACCUAAUUUUUCCCAUGCUUGAAGAGAACAAGUUACUGGGUUGUUCUUUUUCAUUUUUUCAUGAUUUUAUUACCAUGUUAAGUGCCUUAGGGUAUACAAAUAGAGUAGGAAGUGUGAAACAAGUAAAUAAACAUUUAUGUUCCGGCUGGUACGAAAACCUGAGAUGUUCUUUCCUCCUGAGAUCUGAAUCAUUCGGAGAGAUUUGUGAUUGUAAUGCUAAAUCGCUUUUCUCCUUUAAAACAACAUCAGAAUGCAAAUGUCUCAGUUUCAGAGGCAAAUAAACUGCAGUCAGUAAAACACUGGCAUCUCUUUAACUAAUAAAUCUUCACCCAAAAAUGUAUUCCUUAUUCAUUCCAAAUCUGUAGACUGUUUUUUUAAGAUGUAAAAUAAAUCUUUGGUGUCCCCAAAGUACCUAUGUAAAGUUUUAACUCAAAAUAAACCACAGAUAAUUUAUAAUGGCAUGUUAAAAGUAACAAUUUGUAGGUGUGAUCAAAAAUGUGCCGUUUUUGGGUGUAUCCUUUAAAAUGCAAAUGAGCUGAUGAAAUGCAAACACUGAUUGCAAUAAUUCAAUUGUUUUCAAGUAUUUUCUCUUUCUCUCUGCACCAAUUGGUAGUGCUGUGGUUGGAUAGUGCAGAUUAAAGGUGCAAUUUGUAAGAUAUUUGCAGUAAAAUGUCCAAAAACCACUAGGCCAGUGUUAUAUAUUUUGUCCAGCUGAUUACUAUCAAUAUCUGUAAUGUUUUCAACUACUUGUAAAUCAUGAGAAAAUUGCCAUUCAAAACAUUGACACGGGGCAGUGCAGUCUCCUGUCAAUGACGUUAAUAUCCAUGUGACCCUUUGUCACCGCCUUUACUGACGUAAACCACAUGACAACAGUGGUCGAGCUCGAAAAAAUAAAAUGGCGGCCAAGGAAGCAGCUGGAGCACAAAUUUAGUGAAAAUAAACGUAUAUUUUCACUUUUUAAGCAUUUUAAUUGCAUUUCUAGCGAGAAAUUAGUAUUGUAGUUUUCAAAUAUGUGAUUAGUUAUCACAAAGGCGCUCUCUGUUUAUAUUUCAAACACGCUGCCUUUGAAGUGCGUCGGAAAGCCUUUCUCUGAGCGGCCUUCAGGCCUCCGAAGCCGAAGUCAUUUCCUCAAGAGGCAGCGAGGCAACAAGUCCUCACUGCCUUGAGUUUUCGGACGCAGCGAGCCAGUCUUGUGGACAAAUGCGGAACUAUGCGAUAGCGCCUGUCGGGCUACGCGCUUGCUUAUGAACUUAUGGAUAUCUCUGUACCGUCUGCCGCUGGUUGUGUCAGCUCCUGUAAGCGUACGGGCCAACCAAAUGACCCAAGAAGAGUUUGGAACAAAACGAGGGAGGAUCAAUUUGUUGUUGCAUUAUCUGGAUGGAGAGAGCUUCACAACAACAUUUAACUAGACCGAGAUUCUGAUCCUGCUUGUGUUUUACGCGAUGGGUGAGUUGUUUUGAUUCGUAACCCUUCAAAAAACGUAUGCUAUUAUAUUGAUCACAACAUUAGUGUGUAGAUUGUAAUCAGCGCGUCUUCCCGCGGACGAUAUGCACAUCAAAAGGUAUUGUACAGCAAUAUAAAUGGUCAUUUUAAGACACUUCACAAUAAGAUUUGUACUGUCAAUACAUUAUGUCAAAAAUCAUUGUAGAUUGUAAGUUGAAAACUUAAUUCUGUGCUGUGUUUACCAUCGAAUUUGGACUAAUACUGUAAUAUCAAUAUGACUAACAAUUUCGUUUUGAACAUCACAUAUAAACUUACAUAAUGAAAUAAACUAUGUCA